AUGAAUGUAGUCCCAUUUGGCGGUUUCGUUAGUGGUGACACCCAGCGCCGUCCAGCACAAAUAAGCGCCGUAGGUGAAUGUCCAUAUCUUGGCAACGAGAAACCCUAUGAAGUAUCUGUAGGUGUAGUAGCCAACGUCGUUGUUAAGCCAGAUGCAAUGGUGGUCGAACAGCUGGACACACCGGCCGCACAGGGAACAGUGUUUGCUGCGGGCGGGCUUGGCCACGAGACACGUGCGACAGUCUGCCGGGAAGAAGAGCAGGUUGUCGUACGCAAACACGGGCGUGGGGGAGGUGCCAGGGUUGAUCAGCACAGCCAUGGAAAAUGUGUAGUAUGUGAACAGGACAGAGGGGACGAUUAG